AUCGUUCAGUUUGAUUCCGAGCUCCAACGUGAGCCAAUCACUGCACUACCUCACCAGCACUUCUUGCAAAAGGUCUCAACCCGAAAUGUCACCAAGCAGAAUGCACAACAAACGAGUGUAAUUGAAUUGAAGGUGUGUAUGUGUGUGUGUGUGUAUGGCCCUUCCGUACCAUGGUUGACGUAAAAAUGCACCAGCACCGUGUUGGCGCGCUGGGCUGAUUUGAAUUUCUGUCCCCAAACAUCUUGGCGAAGUGGACAGCGAAGAAGAAGCAGCAACCGGUGCAGGUGCAUUACAAGGAGUGCCACAGCGACCGAGUGCACUUGGUGUGUGUGUGUGUGUGUGUGGCGACCGUGACGCUGGUGCAAUGUGCAAUUGGCAGUCACCGGCAUGGAAGGCAGUUGCAUUCGAUGAAGAAUUGCACGCGGGUGCAAUUUCGGAGUGUUGUUGCGGUUUCUUCGUGUAAAGCUCUGAUUGCGUACCGGACGCUUGGAGUGCAAUUCAUUCCCGUGACACUGAUAUUUGGAGGAACAGGAUUCGUCAUCAUCUCCGGAACCGGCUAAGCUUUCCUUGGUCCACCGAAUGGCAAACGAACGGUGGCCCACCGCAAAGUGUCGUGUGCUGGUGGUCGUGUCGAUAACGCUCACGCUGCUGGUAACGCUUGUCGUGACACUGUCAUCGGCUGGCUCACCCGCACAACGCGCUACGGCCGAUCGCAACGAUUCAUCAUCGCCCGAGUGUGUGGUGGCAUUCGACCGUGGUCUUGCCGUUGGUUCGCGGCGUCACACGUACGGCGGGAAGACGUACUGUGCCUACGAGGGCAUACCGUACGCACAGCCUCCGGUCGGUGAGCUUCGGUUUGAGGAUCCACAACCGUACUAUCUCGAGGGGGCUCGUCUCUUUCGAAACGUCUCGAAAGCGUGCCUCCAAGUGUAUGAGCCACCCGCGCACACGGAUAAGCUGGAAACGAGUGAAGAUUGUUUGUACUUGAACGUGUACACGGCGAAUGAUGCGGCGGCCGGUGAGCUGUGGCCGGUGAUGCUAUGGAUACACGGUGGAUCGUUUGUGGUCGGGUCGUCUGAGACGGACAUCUUCGGGCCGGAGUUUCUGGUGGAGAAGGGCAUCAUCGUGGUAACGUUCAACUAUCGUCUGGGCGCACUCGGUUUCCUCUCACUUCCGGACCUCGGCAUUAACGCGAAUCUCGGACUGCUGGAUCAGCUCGAGGCGCUGCGUUGGACCGUUCGGAAUGCCAUCCACUUUGGCGGCGAUGCGGCCCGGGUAACGCUGUGCGGUUGGAGUGCCGGUGCCGCUUCGGUGACGUACCAUCUCUACUCGCCCGCUGCCAAGGGCCUGUUCCACAAUGCGAUCAUCAUGAGCGGCAGCAUGACGCAAUCCUGGGCGUACACUUACGAUGCGGACCGGUGCGGACGGGAGUACCUUCGGACACGGGAUGUCACCAGCCGCGAACAGCUCCAGUCCCUACCGGUCGCCCAGAUCAUGUCGUCGGAGCCAGAAUUUCACAAACAUUUCUUCUCCCUGUACUACUACUGUUUCCUGCCGUCCGAUGACAGUUAUCGGCCGGAGCCGGACCUACGGAUCGUUGGUGCGGAUCCGUUCGCCCGGGUACGCAACGGCCCGCCGGAAAGUGACGUUCCGCUGCUGGUCGGUUACACGACACUCGAGCACGGGAACCUUUUUCUCGAGCGUGAUUUCGCGCACACCACGAUAAACUUCCCGAACGAUAACGCGAUCAUUCACCGGCUGCUGGAAGAGUACGUUGAUCGGCAGGCACGGUCCAACAGGUCAGUGUCGAGGCGUCGGUUCCAUCAGGAGCUCGCGUCGCUGGCAGACAUUAUCUACGGCAUCCAGUACUUCAUCCGGCACGCGGCAACUCAGCAGCGGGCACCGGUGUACCGGUAUCUGUUCGCGUACGACGGUGCGUUCGGGUACGCGAAGCACUGGUACUACCGGAACGAGAUAGUGCGGCCGGAUUUGCCCGGACCGAUGCAUGGUGACGAGCUGGGUUAUCUGUUCACGCCUUACCUCUACCGUGGCCGCCGGUGGCAGGAUAUCGACGGGCAGGCGUAUCGCACGGAGCGUCGUGUACAGCGCCGGAUGCUGCGGCUGUGGUGCAACUUUAUCAAAUAUGGAAAUCCGACUCCGGCAACGUUGAAGGCAGAAACCGUUGGGCAGCGGGUCGUCCGAUGGUAUCCUUACAAUGAUCCGAUUCCGAACCGGGCGCGCCACUAUCUUCGGAUCGAUCGGCGGAUUCAGCUGCUGCCGGCAACGGAUGCCGAAAACCCGUUCCAGCGGCUUUGGGACCGCGUGUCCCGGUGUCUGUACGAGUUCGAUUGUGAAUUCUUAAGCAUCGACAAACAGCCGGCGGAGGACGUUUGAUAGUGCGUGCCGUGCCGUGCCGUGCGUGUGGAUUUGGGUGGGAAAGGGACCGAUUGGCGGAAGAAAAACAAACCCUCACAAUCUUCACUUCCAUCAGCGGUGUGUGUAUCGGCGUGAUAAGGAAGGGUCUGUUGGAUGCCUUUUUGCUGAUCGAUCGAUCGAAUGCGAAAGGGAUCUCUACUCUGUUUGGAAUUAGGAUAAUGCGCGCUUUGUGUUCCCUGCUUCUGUAUAAUCCGCUUCCUCUCCAUCAACUUGCUCCAUUUUCACCGAAAGCUUCAGGUGAAAACAUCGAUGACAGUAGAAAAGCCGAUCAUGACAAUGGAAUCGGUUCGUUCGUGUUGGUUGGUGCAGGUUAACUUCCUCAGUGGAAGGAAAUCGAAGACGAGAACAUAUUGCAAUUCCGAUAUGAAUGUGAUGCUUUCUUUAUAGUGCGUUUUUUUAUCACAUUGUUAAGCAGAUUUGUGGUUGGAAGAAAUCGAGUGUAGUGAAUGAGUAUGAGAGGAGAGAUAAAAAAAGGAAUAGUACGACGCAGUUUUUGGCCAAGAUGUUUUUGCUCGAUUGUUGCAUGAACCAAUGUAUGUGAAAGUAAAUAAAAUAAUUCAAGAAAAACACAGAUGAAUGGUGACAUUUCGUUGUUGUAUAUCAUUAAAAUAGUAGUUUGGAAGUUACAUUAAACUAAAAAUGGGGAAAAUAGUUGGAAAUAACACGAACUUUAUUCAAAGUUAUUAUUUGGAAUGAACAGUACCCUUGUAGACGCCUAAAGGUAUGCAAUAUACAUACACAAUGAACAUCAAGUCGUAUAGGCCAUUUAUGCGUAACGCCAUACUAUCUUUCUUCACAAUCGCUAUCGAGUGUUCUCUCAAGGUGCAGAUUAACCCAAGUAUCGGAAUAUUGUAAUUGAAAAAGACGGAUUCAGUCUCAUAUUUGUAAAUAACUAUCUUCUACCCAGAUUGUCUUGUUAAUUAAAGUAAAUAGCUGUUAAAUCCUUAUUCUUAUCGACAAGCAUCCAAUCCCCUCCUAAACAUAUUUUAUACGAAAGGUAUUCGUUUGAAACUUUAAUGAUAUGAAGGCAAACAAUAGUGCUGAUUACGGUUCUCUAACAGAUAAACUGUAAAACAAACCUUAUCAAAUGACAUAUCGAGUGAAUCGGCCUUAUGGAUUACAGGUAGAAGAGAAAAAGUUUCGUCAUACUUUUAAUUUUGUUAAGUCGGAAUAACCAUAGCUGUCAAAGUGAACGGUCUGGAUGGGAUUUGAACCCCGGUUCUGGCGCAUGAAGAUCGGCGCCAUUGUGGCAUCUACCACCGGACUGCUCUAUUUUUUUAUAGGAUAACUGUCGGCGGUAAUAGAGAUGAUUCGUUUGAAUGAAGACAACUUGAAGUAUUCGAAAAAAACAUAUUAAGAAAUAAUCAAAUACAUUCAUAUUUAAAUAAAAGUGUACAUCCUUCGAAAAUCUCCUAAAAAGCCA